GUUUGUAUCGGUCAGUUUAGAGUUUUAUUCGUUUCGUACAGAUCAGAGACACUUCAUAUUCAUUUAUAAACUUUUUAAAAUAGUCCCAAUUCCACUAUUUUUUCUCUUAAAUUAUUUUUUUUGUUUUUUUGCCCGAAAGUUUAAAGUGUUUCAAAAUUGAACGCGUAAUUGCAACAGAGACUCGGACACAAACAGACACAACACCACCGCACACACAGAUAAACAGAGUAAAACCUUUAAAUUUUUGGAUAGAAUGAUUCGCAAUCAAAAGACAAAAAUUACCAAACUGGCCCAGCAGGGGGCUCAGGUUCAACUGCAACAAACUGGCAGCAUUACGGACACCAUGAGACGUUUCUGUGAAGAGAGUAAAUCGUGGACAUCUCCUCCUGCUGCUGCUGCUUCUCCUGCUGCCACCUCGAUGCCAUUCAAUCCUCCCCGUGUGAGCCAGAGAACUGUCAAGACCAAGAUGGGGCCCAUGGAAAAGGCAAAGAAACUAAUUGGCAUAAAGAAGACGUUAGUUAACCAAUUGCGAGGCCUUAAGAAUACAGCAGCCUCCAACCUCGCCUUGAGGAAGACAUACAAAGUUUUGGGUGAGACCAGGCAUUUCUCGUCCUCGAGCAGCAUGCUCGCUCGCUGUCCCAGCAGUCUGGUGGUGAUAGAUCCAAGGCGCUGCCUCUCGCUUCAGCAUAAGCUAAUGGCCAAACACCAGUUGGCCGUUAAGGAGCAGCAGCAGCAGCAGCAGUAUCCUUAUCGAUCGAUCACACAGGCAACCACUUCGGCCACCCAGAGGGGAUUUAAUCAGGGUUACAAUCACCAUGCGGACGUGGUUGGGCAAAUGGCUAAGGAGAUUGGCGAUGCGAUUAAGGAGGAACUGAUGGUCAUUGAUGAUAAUACUAAGCAAAUUCUGAAAUACAAUGGAAAUGAAUUUCUCAACCGACAGAAAUCGACAGAUAGCUUCUCGUACGAUCCUCUGCACGGAUGGAACCAUCCGCGUGCAUUGAAUUCCCUAAUGCGAUGCGAAGGAGUAACAGCACCAGCAAAUGCAGCCAACGCUAUAGACGAGGAGAUCGCCAGACGUGCAAAACCACGACAACGUCGUCAAUUGUAUAAGAACUUUAAAAUAAAAAGCUCUGACGGUUUAAGUGAGGGCAAAGUCGAUCAAAUGCAGUCCUCGCCGACCAAUGAACGUUUAUCCGACUUUCGUUAUGGCAAUCGGAAGAUGAGUGCCACCAAUACCACCAUCUCGUAUCAACAGGAAAAUCGUUUGCUGAAUAAGCCCUCCAAGACGACCAUGAGGACUCCAAGGGAAGAGAAGGAAGACCCAGAAAUGGAUCGCUACAAGCAACCACAGGCCGAACGUCAGUUCUUGGAGAAAACCAUUAUGCGCAAGAUGGAUAAAGCAGAUUCACACAUGCGUCUGGAUGAUAUCUACUAUCCCAAGUUCGGCCCGGCUGGUGGUGAAGCACGUACUGGUGUGGCUUCUCCUGGGGCUGAGAGUGCCGCCCAGCGUGUGAUCAGUAAGCAAAUUGUUGAUGUGCUAUCCCAGACGGGCAACAUAAAGAAGCGCGGCAAACUGGCCAGACACACGGUGGAUUUUGUGGAUCCGGUGCCCAAAUUGAAGCCACUUUUGGGUGGUCUUCCCUCCGAGCCAGCAUUCCUUCGUAGACGUGUGACACGUCCAGCCGCGCCUCAUUACAAUGUCAAGAAAACCAUUAUUAGGGCCGACAACCAUAGGCCUAAACGCAAUCAAACCAUGCGUCCCCUGGUAAUGCCGGUCUACCACAACACUCCCAUUGCCAGUGUCCAGAAGACUCAGUCGAAGCUAGACAGGAUCAUGUCGUCAACAAAGAAACCAAAGCAAGAGAAACAUACCUCUCCAAUGAGCGGCGGCCAAAAGCGUUUCAACAAAAAGAAGUCAACCAAAUCUGUAAAGAAAUCAACUCAAGAAUGGGAAAUGGUGGAAAUGGAGCCACCAUCGACGUCCAAGCAGACAUUCUAUAUCAAGGAAUCGGCUGUCCAGCGUGUCAAAGCCGCCUGCCCCCGUAAAAGUCGCGGUAGUCAUGUUCCAUAUGUGAAGAGAGCGAACCAGAUUAUGUAUUAAAAAACACUCUAGCCAUUUCCAAUCCCAGAUUAAUCCCACUCCCCUUUGCUGGAUUUGGCUAGCAAAAUUGCGAGUGUUACAGAAUUCAAAUUCAAUUGUAUUGGGAGGACGAAUAUGUCGCCUCCUUUAUGGCAUGCCAUUGCUUAAUGUGGUGCUGUAGUAACGUGUAUUUGUGGGACACGACGAAGUUAACUGAAACUGUGCGAAAUGAUGUCAGAUAAAUAAAUUGCCUUCUAGCAGUAUUAUAAGUAUA